UUAUUUAGCAGGAAAAUAUUCUGUGACUGCACAGUGUGUCAGGCACGUGCGCAAUCUCAAAGGCCAUUUAGCGCGCGCGUGGCAGUUAAAUUGUGUUAAUUAACUAAAGAUGCUCAGAGAAAUACAACAGGUGUUGCGGUUGGUCAUGCGUUUGGCAAAGCAAAGACAACAGCAUGGUUUAAAGACUGCAGGAGGGCUUUUGGUACUUCUGUGGACUGAACCAGGAGCCUCUGUUCAAAGUCUAAACUGCACUGUUGCAGCUGCUGGUCCCUGGUGCAUAGGGAUUAAAAUGGAAGCUCUCCAACCUGUCCUCACAGAUUUGAAGGAGAGCAUGUUUCCCUGUUUGUGGCCAUGUCCUCAGCCUGACCCUGAGGAGCUGUGUGCCUUCACUGAUCUGUAUGGUUCCCUCAGAUUACUCCUGUCUUUUCAGAUGAAAGAUGCAAGACUUUUCAGUCCAGAGUGGUGUGCUCGUAUAGAAGCGUUCCUACACACAUUCAGUUUGGCUAACGCAAGGAUCAAAAUCCACCUCAAAUUCAAAUUCAGUCAGCAGACCUUCCAGCGAGAAUUUAGAGGGAAGAUCAAGAGUAAAGUUCCAUGGGCAGACCAACCGUAUCUGACCUUGGAUGUUACCUCUAGUAUACAGCCUCCUGAGUGUGUGAAGAAAGGAUCCUGGUGUCAGGGAGGACACCCUGUUCUUGGAGGCAGGUUGCCACUCAGUAUCCCACCUGAAGCCAUGGACCAGGGCCUGUUUGGGGAGCUCAGCAUCCAGCCUGUCACACUCCUGAGCCCCUGUGUGCUGCAGUACCCCAAUCUAGCAACACAACUCACUCACAUACAAGUGUUUGUAUACAGCCCCAGUAAUGUUCCUGUCACAGGCCCCUCCAACUUCUUCCAGAACCUCCCUGCACAUCUGGACUGUCAGGAACUGGGGCUGCAGGGCCUUCAUUGCUCCUCUUUCAAAGAUCUUGUGCACAGCGGUGGCACUGUGUACACGGUAGAGCAAGAAAACUGUGAGGAUCCAGAGUCAAGUCUUCCCUCAGUGCAGCAGAGUCUCCUGCUUUUCCUCUUUCUGAAGCACAGUGACCCGUUCACAUACCAGCUCUCUGAUAUGAUGGCCACAGAGGCGCUGAUAGAGCACCACCUAGAGGAUAUUCUGAACAACAACAGGCAGGCAGUCACAACAGCACUGCAGACUGAGCUGAAGAACACGAUGAAAGCCCAAAAUCACAGAAAAAAAGACCAAGAGAAGCUGCGUUUAGCUGCUGAGGUGAUUCUCAGUUCGUCCAUCAGUAUUGUGAGCUGCAGCAGUAACAUGGACUUCAGAAAUGCCUGUCUGAACAGCAUGAAGGUGUGUGACACUCAUGACCUGUCAGCCUCCCUCCGUGAAUCGCUGAGGAGGGUGACAUCAUGGAAAUUCAUUCCCAGGGAAAGGUGCUACUCCGCUCAGAUGAAAGACCAUCCUGAGAGUGAUGAGCCCACCAGAACAGAAAUAUGAGAAUGUCUGUGUUUGCCUUAAAAGAGUUUUGUUCUGAGUGAAGGCUGUGGAAGCAGACUGGAAUUAACGUUUUGUAGUAGAAGAAUAUUUUGUAGAAGUGUGGUAGUGUAUGUUUUGAAUGUGCUGGUGACAGAAAUUGGUAUUAAACCUGUACUUUUUUUAAAAAUGCAUUGUUUUUAUUAUAGUUUGUGCGUUAAACCAGAUGUGAUAGAUAGAAAACCUUCCAAAAGAGAGCUACAUUUAACUGAAUUUCUGAUCUGGGAUAAUCCUUUGUUGAUGUUUUUCAAUAAUCUACCCCUAAAUAAACAAUAUGGUACAAUAAC